UGACAGGGCUUUAAAGGGAGUGGUUGUCUCCAGCUGCUGCACUCUCUCCCACACCGCUGCCUGUUGUGUGUCAGUCCCAGCAGCAGCAUGUCCAUAGACUUCUCCAGAAACGCCACGGAGAGGCCAGAGCCUCACAAGGCAGACGUCAAAGGGUGCAUCCCCAGCUGGCUGCAGGGCAUGCUGCUGCGCAAUGGCCCCGGCAUCUUCUCAGUGGGGGGCACCAGCUACGACCACUGGUUCGACGGGAUGUCCAUCAUGAACAGCUUCUCUUUCAAAGAUGGUGAAAUGACCCACAGAAGCAGAUUCCUCAGAAGUGACACUUACAACUCCAACAUGACUGCAAACAGAAUAGUUGUGUCUGAAAUGGGAACAAUGGCUUAUCCAGACCCGAGCAAGAACUUCAUCUUCAAGGCGAUUACUUUUCUCAACCACACUGUGCCAGACUUCACUGACAAUGGUGCAAGCAGUUUCAUUAGAUAUGGAAACGGCUACUAUGCCACCUCUGAAACCAACUACAUCCGCAAGAUUGAUCCCGUAACCCUGGAAACUCAAGACAAGUUGGACUACAUGAAAUACCUGCCGAUAAACUUGGCUUCGUCGCAUGCACAUUAUGACGGGGAGGGAAACACCUACAACAUCGGCACUUCAAUAGCAGAGAAGGGCAAGACCAAAUACAUGCUGUUCAAAGUCCCUCCGGCUUCAGAUAAAGACAAGGGCAAGACUGCGCUGAAGAACGUGGAGGUGAUCUGCUCCAUUCCCUGCCGCUCUCUCCUCACGCCCAGCUACUACCACAGCUUCGGCAUUACGGACAACUACAUCGUCUUCAUGGAGCAGCCCUUCAAGCUGGACAUCCUGAAGAUGGCCACCGCCUACAUGAGGGGAGUGAACUGGGCUAGCUGCAUGAAGUUCUCCCCUGAUGAUAACACUCUGAUCCAUCUGAUUGACCGAAAAACGGGCAAAGAGGUUGAGACAAAGUACUUCACCGGCCCGAUGGUUGUCUAUCAUCACGUGAAUGCUUUUGAGGAUGAAGGUCAUGUGGUGUUCGACGUCAUCGCCUACAAUGACAGCAGCAUGUAUGACAUGUUCUACCUAAGCAAGCUCAAGGAAGAUCUCAGCUUCCAAGGCAAUGGCUACUCCAAACCAAGUUACAGAAGAUUUGCACUUCCUACCCAGCCUGACAAGAGCGUUGCAGCUGGAAAGGACCUGGUGAACCUGACGUACACUAAAGCCAGUGCUGUGAAGGAGAAAGAAGGCAAAGUCAUCUGCAAGGCAGAGGUGCUCUGUGAAGGUUUUGAGUUACCCCGAAUGAAUUAUGACUUCAAUGGCAAGAAGUAUCGGUUCUGCUAUGGGAACAUCGUGGAGGAAUCUGCACUGUCGAAACAGGUUGCAAAGUUUGACACGGAGACGAAGAAAAUGGUUUACUGGAGUGAAGACAACUGCUGGCCAUCGGAGCCCGUGUUCGUCCCCAGACCUAACGGGGAGUCAGAGGAUGACGGAGUGGUCCUGGUAUCCGUUAUCAGCUCCAGCCCGGGCCAGUCUGGUUUCCUCCUGAUCCUGGAUGGCAGAACAUUAAAGGAAGUAGCUCGAGCAUACGUGAAUGCUCAACUCAACAAGGACAUGCAUGGAGUUUUCAUCCCUCAGCGGAAUUAAACAACUGUUUAUACGUUCGGAAACUGCAUCUGGAAAAAAUAAGAAAAACCCUUAAACAAUGUACUUAUGUAGCAUUACAGUGUAUGUUUUCUAUGAUCUGUUCUCCAUCUCCAGGGCAGCCACUCCCACCAGUCAGGGUUUCCCAGCCACUGCAUUUACCAUUUGCACACUCCUACGAAGCCUUCUGAGUAUUUAUACCCCAGAUGUGGCUUCUUUUCCCAGUUUGCACCUUGCUUGUUUUCAUGUUUGUGUUUGCUCAUUUUGUAUAAACAUGCAUGGCCUUUUCCUCCCCCUUCCUUUUAGUAUAUGAAGUAUCGUUCAUGCUUUUAUCAUCUUGUUUGUCCCUUUUGGAUUCUCCAGUGAUAUGUAAAAUAAUAAAUCAAAACAAUUUUUCAUAA